AUGUCGGGGAGCCCAUCUGCCGAAAGCCCCCGGCCGGCAGGUUUGUACAAGAAGAUGAAGCGUCUGAGGGUGUUGGAGCCGUCGGUUGGGAUUCUCGGGCUGGCGGUGUGUGUGAUUUUGGGGUUCUUCGUCCUGGAUUACGGGAGCGUGGCGAAGGGGCUGAGGCUCCCGGACGAGAGCUUCCCGUGGCUCAGAUUCGACGGCGAGGAAGAUGAGAGUAGAAAGAGUGAUUUUUUGACGGAGGGUAGCGGCGGGUGUGACGUGUUCGACGGCGAUUGGGUGUGGGACGAGCGUUAUCCGCUGUACCAAUCGAGGGAUUGCAGGUUCAUGGAUGAUGGAUUCAGGUGCUCUGAGAAUGGAAGGCCUGAUUCUUUCUACACUAAGUGGAGAUGGCAACCCAGAAAUUGCAACUUGCCCAGAUUUGAUGCCAAGGCCAUGCUCGAGAAAUUACGAAACAAACGUGUCGUUUUCGCUGGGGACUCGAUAGGCCGAAACCAGUGGGAGUCUCUACUUUGCAUGUUGUCCUCUGUAAUUCCCGAUAAGGACUCAAUAUAUGAAGUGAAUGGAAAUCCCAUCACAAAGCACAAAGGAUUCUUGGUUUUCAAGUUUAAGGAUUAUAAUUGCACGGUAGAGUACUAUAGGGCCCCUUUUCUGGUCCUGCAGAGCCGCCCCCCUUGGAAUGUUUCGUCACUUGUUCGAACCACGUUAAAGCUCGACAAAAUGGAUUGGAUGUCGUCCAAAUGGAAGAGUGCUGAUGUAAUCGUUUUCAACUCGGGACAUUGGUGGAAUUACGAGAAAACUGCAAGAGGAGGCUGUUACUUCCAAGAACGCUCAAAAGUGAAGAUGGAUAUGGAUGUGGACAUUGCAUACCAAAAAGCCCUUGAAACAGUUAUAAAAUGGAUAAACCGUGAAGUAAACACAACAAAGACUCAAGUUUUCUUUCGUACAUACGCUCCUGUACACUUCAGGGGCGGAGAUUGGAGGUCCGGUGGUGCAUGCCACAUGGAAACCCUCCCGGAGCUUGGCCCCACGAUAUCUAACUCGUGGACUAAAUAUACUACUUUUGGGCGCGUAAUGUCAUAUGAUUCGAACUCCUCAUCACUUUCACGGCCAUUGGAAGUGUUAAAUAUAACCCACAUGACAUCAAGAAGGAGAGACGGGCAUUUGUCUUUGUAUUACAGGGGUAAAAAAGCGGGUCCUGCCCCUCUUCACAGACAGGAUUGCAGCCAUUGGUGUCUGCCGGGAGUGCCCGAUGCAUGGAACGAGUUACUGUACGCUCUUUUCUUGAAACGAGAGGCAGUUAGAGCAUCAAAUUCAUCUGCCUUUCAUCUGCAGGUAUAA